CAAUGUAUAUGUUCAACCUAUCAUAUAGUCAGGACAGAUGGUUGUGUGGCAAGCGAUCCAGCAAGCGUUCGGGAAAACGAUUAUUCAACGUUACCACUUAUGGAAACUGUCGACUCUUCGUUGUUUACACGAAACUCAGUGGCAUUGUGAGAACACGUGACUGUGUGUACCCGGCUUAAGUACAUGUGAUUACGAAGUAAACGUUGGUAGGUUGAUCAUUUGUCUCUGCCUCCUUUAUUUACCUUUUAUGCCUGCAUCUGUUAACCACCCCCUUGCCCUGCCUAUCACCCUAGCCUAUUAGAUCUCCUUUUUGGUCUGCCUACUUGUGCAGCCUAAACCCCAGCCUCGUAGAUCUCCUCCUUGAUCUGCCUAACAUCCUCAACCUAACACCCUAGCCCCCUUGAUCCCCUUCUUGGUCUGCCUACUUCAUCAACCUCCUGAUCCCCCUUCUGUGUCUGCCUUCUUGUUCCGCCUAACACCCCAGCCUCUUACAUCUCCUUCUUGAUCUGCCUAACAUCCUCAACCUAACACCCUAGCCCCCUUGAUCCCCUUCUUGGUCUGCCUACUUCAUCAACCUCCUGAUCCCCCUUCUGUGUAUGUCUACUUGUUCCCCUUAACACCCCAGCCUCUUACAUCUCCUUCUUGAUCUGCCUAACUUCCUCAACCUAACACCCCAGCCUCUUAGAUCUCCUUCUUGAUCUUCCUAGCUUCCUCAACCUAACACCCCAGCCUCUUAGAUCUCCUUCUUGAUCUGCCUAACUUCCUCCACCUAACACCCCAGCCUCUUACAUCUCCUUCUUGAUCUGCCUACUUCAUCAACCUCCUGAUCCCCCUUCUGUGUAUGCCUACUUGUUCCCCUUAACACCCCAGCCUCUUACAUCUCCUUCUUGAUCUGCCUAACUUCCUCCACCUAACACCCCAGCCUCUUAGAUCUCCUUCUUGAUCUGCCUACUUCAUCAACCUCCUGAUCCCCCUUCUGUGUCUUCCUACUUGUUCCGCCUACCAUCAUAGCCUCCUUGAUCCCCUUCAUUGUCUGCCUACUGGAUCAGCGUCAUUCUUCAGCUUCCUGGCACAAGCUUCUUGAUCAACAUUCUUGAUCUGCCUCUUUGCUCAGCCUCUUUGCCUAGCCUCUUUACGCAACCUCAUUGCUUAACCUUCUUGAUCUGCCUGCUUGCUCAAACCCCUUGAGCUGUCCCCUUUGCUCAGCAUCCUAGAUCCCCGUUCUUGAUAUACCUCCUUUCUGAGCUUCCUUCCUGAAUUGUGAACAGACAGUUCAACAUGGCGAGCAUGAGCCAGCUCGCGGACGACAUUUUUACAUGUACAUUAUGUGUGGAGAAAUUCCGAGAGCCCAGAACCCUUCCCUGUCUACACACAUUCUGCCGAUCCUGCCUUGGGCUUUACAUCCGCCAAACAAUGGUGAAAGGAACGUUCAUGUGUCCACUCUGUGGUCAAGAAACGAAGUCAGAGAUCAUUGGGUUAUCUGUCGAUCAGUGGAUGGAAACGUUCGUGGCCAACCAUUUCAUUGUGAGUCUGUUAAAGAUCUCGGAGACGAGACAGAGUGAGAAAUCAUGUGACAUAUGCAAACAGGAACAUGUACUUGUCGAGGCAAUCAGUUGGUGCAAGGAAUGUUUGGAAGCAUUGUGUGAAGAGUGCGAACGCGUACAUGGCCGGAUCAAGGCCUCGCGUGACCAUCACACAGUUAGCAUUGAGUAUCUGGAAAACGGGGGUCUUGAGAAGCUUUUGAGGCCAAAACGAGGACCACUUGACUGUGCUGAUCAUAAGGGAAAUCCUCUGUCUAUGGUUUGUUUAAAUUGUAAGAAAUUUGUCUGUGAAACCUGCACAGCUGUAACACAUGUUGGUUGUAAACAGAUACAGACAGCAGAUAAAGUUGCCAUUGAUCUGAAGAAAGACAUCUUGGUUGCUAAGGACAGCAUUAUAUCUCAUCGACAGGCAGCCCAAAACCUUUCGAAAAUCUCCCAGGAAGAUCUUGAAGGUUUGACAAAAUCACGCGAUGCAGUCUUGGAAGAUAUAUCCCGCCACGUGGAGGUGAUGAUGGGCCUUGUUCUGGAGAAACAGAACAAAUUAAUUGCAGAGGUGGAGUUCAUGUAUGAGAAACAACGAGAUCACAUUUCCGAGCGCGUUUUGAAUGGUGACGUCCGGAUCAAUUCUCUCCGUAAGGCUGAAAGGUUCCUCGACCAACUUUUGAUGUAUGGCUCGGAGGUGGAUGUCCUGAACAACUUCGAGAACAUCGCUAAACAGAUCCAGAUCCUCAACAAACAGGUACCGGUGGCCAAUCAGACCAGAGACUCGAUGCAAAUGAAGUAUGUUCAAGACAGAAAGAGCAUUGAAUCACUUCGAUCUGUGCCUUCACUGGGAGAGGUUAGAGUCGUAAAGGCAAGUAAGCAGUCAGUUAAAAUGAAACCUGAAGCUAAGUUGACUCUCACUCCUCCCCAAAUACCAACCGCGCCAUCCAAAGGGUUAACCUCACCUAGGAAGACUCCUGGUUCAACAAGGGGAACACCUCGGACACGGGUGGUAUCCUCCUUCUCAGGACGGUCCAGGAGUGACACAAUUAGGACAGACAUUAGGGGCAUCCUCCUCCUCAGGUCUGGAGACGUUGUCGUCAUGGACGUCCACUUCCGGAACAAACGCCUUAAGAAGUUUACACCUCGUGGUAAGCUUGUGUCUGAGGCUGAUCUCGGUGAAUGUCCUCACUCUAUAGCACUUGUGUCACAGACAGAAGCGGUAGUUACUCUCCCUAAAUCAAGGGAGUUCGCGUUCAUCACCAUCGGAGGAACUUUACAUCUGACAGGCAAAAUAAAGACUCAGAAGAGCUACUUCAGUCUGGCCUCAUCCUCUGAGCAGGUUCUGGCCACUGUUGGGUUAUCUGCCCCUGAUGUACUUUCCAUCGACGUCAUUUCUUGUAAUGGAGAAAUCCUGAAUACCAUAUCAUUAGACAGAACCAAGUUUCAUCGCAUACCACUAGACCUAACAUUGUCCCCUAGCGGCGAUCUUCUGCUUUUGUGUCCCGGCCGAGAUGUACUGACAUGCAUCAAUAUGUCAGGGGAUGUACUCUACACAUAUCAGCCAUCCAAGGCGCAGGAAGUGAAAGGUCCCGUUUCUGUCACAACUGACACACAAGGUCGAACACUACUCGUCGACAAGGCAUCUAGUAAGGUACACGUCAUUUCCGGUGAUGGCAUCCACCAGGGGGAGCUGCUUAGCCGACGGGACGGUCUGCGUGAACCUCAGGUAGCAGUUGUCGGAGACUCCGGCAUAACUGUCGUUGCUCAGACUAAUGGUGAAAUCAAACUGUUUGCUAUUGCAAAAAAUACAUAAGAACUGAGAUGUUGUGUAUAAAAUAUAUGAUACCUGUGUACAGUCACACAAGGGAUUGAGCUUUCAAAACUUCUGUUUAAGGGAAGAUAACCUGGGAUAUUUGGUAUAGACAUAAUAUUUUUGUUGAUUUUGGUAAAAAUGUUUUUCGGAAGGUGGACACCAACACCAUUUAUAUAUAAAUCUUUCAGACAUCCAUCCUUCCCAGCGAACAAUUAGUUUUGGUUGAGUAAAAGUUCCGAAAUAAAUUAUUUAUUAAUAAAUUCUUAACUGAUUCAAAAUCAAUAUCAUAUGAACCUUUCGUAUAUGUUGUAUUCCAAAUGAGUUAAAACACACUUGUUAAAACAUAGUCUUGUUCUUUUAAAGUUCGGAACUGUGAACUAAAAGUUGAGUUAAAUAGAAACCUUGCCCCGGUUACCCUAUGUUACAUAAAAUUGAAACAUGAGGCUGGAACUUGUAGGAACAUUAUGAUUGAGGUGAUGUAAAUUUGGGUUUAACGUCGCGUUCACGAUUAAUACACCAAAAAAGCGACGUGUG